UGAUUUUGGCCGCAAUUAAGCACAAGGUAGCUUUGAUUCUUCAAUUCCACCACAAAUUCUGAGAUAGUCUGCCAUGGAAGGAGAUAUGAAGCAUUGGAAGGAAGGAGAGAUCACCGUCUUCAUCAAGAUAUGGCUCUCCAUAUACCUCUCUCUCUUCUACUGCUUCUUUGCUGCAAAAAUGGCUCCCAUUGGCCUUCCCAGGCUGCUGCUUUUCCUCCCUGUAAUCUCUCUCUUUCUCCUCAUCCCUCUCGCCCUCCACUCCGUCCAUUUCUGCGGCAUCACCGCCUUCUUCAUCUCCUGGCUCGCCAACUUCAAGCUCCUCAUGCUUGCCUUCAACCAUGGCCCUCUCCCUUCUCUCUCCCUUCCCCAUUUCCUCGUCAUCGCCUGCCUGCCCAUCAAAAUCCACCAAAAACACACACAAGAUUCUUCAAACAACACUCAUUCUGUUUCAGGCCAGCAUAGACAACUCAGUUGGUUCGUAAAUGAAACAGAGGAUCGAGUCCAGACAAACACAACACCGAUCCUCUCACCUAAUGAGCUGUUCAAAGAGAAACCGCCCGUGGAAGUCUCUGAGAAUCGCCAGAAAUCUGCUGUGAGUUAUGCAUUGAAGGCAGUUCUGAUGGGUUUGAUCAUCAGAAUAUAUGAUUAUAGUGAUAGCAUAAACCCUACAGUUAUACUGGUUAUAUACUGUUUACAUAUAUAUCUCUUAAUAGAUAUAAUUCUCGCCAUCGUUGCAGCCCUGGCUCGAGCUGUUCUCGGCUUAGAGCUGGAGCCGACGUUCAACGAGCCAUAUCUUUCCACUUCUUUACAGGAUUUUUGGGGAAGUCGAUGGAACCUCAUGGUAAACCGUAUCCUGCGUCCCGCCGUAUACAGUCCCUUUCUCGACGUAGCGGACAAGUAUUUAGGCCGUAAGUGGGCCACAUACCCAGCCGUUAUGGCCACGUUCAUGGUAUCGGGCCUAAUGCACGAGCUGAUUUAUUUCUACUUGGGCCGGGUCAGACCCACGUGGGAGGUCACGUGGUUCUUUUUGCUCCACGGGGCAUGCGUGGCGGUCGAGAUCGCAAUGAAGAAGGCGCUUAGGGGCAGGUGCCGGUUGCCGGGAAUACUUGGGACGAUACUAACCCUUGAAUUCGUUACGCUCACCGUCCGUUGGCUGUUCUUACCGCAACUGUUGCGGUGUGAAGCCUUGGUUAAGGCGCUUGCGGAGUACGCGGCUUUGGGUGCGUUUGUGAAGGAUGUUGGUAUUGCUUUGACACUUGGCGCAAGGAGUUCUUAAGUGCUUUAGGGGGAAUAAGAAAAGAUCAUUAAUUAUGUCAUGGACCUCGGUCCACCUUGCAAGGUGGAUCCUUGUCAAAAUAUAUAAUAUAUAUACGAACAUUUAAAAUAUAAAAUUGUGAAUAUUUAAUAUGUAAAUUGUGAACAUUUAGUAUAUAAACAUUGUGGACAUUAAGUAUAUAAAUUGUGAACAUUUAAUAUGUAAAUAGUGUAUUCAAUAAACAUGAUCAAAUGCCGGUGUGCACAUUGAAUAUGUCUACUUCAAACAUAGCAUGAUCAAUAUUUUUUUGAUUGA